AUGACGAUGGGUAAGGUGAAUGAAACUAAAAUACCAGUUACGUGCCUGCCACUAGACGAUUCAAAUUACCAUGAAAAAGAGCAAACAAUUAAUGGGGAGACUUGCGCAGAGCUAAGCGUAGCAGAGUCAUGUCAAGCUACAACAUCUGUCGCGUCGAUAACAACGACAUCGACAACGACAACGAGGACAGCAACAGCAGGCCAAAAUAUUAACGAAGAAUCACGAGAAGAGCAUAAGGUUGAGGAGGUACCAUCGCAGUCAUCAACAUUAGAACACAUAUACAGACAAUUCCGACACCAGGCUGCCCUGCGAAAAGCAUAUGGAGAACUGUUGCCAGCAACACCAGCAAACGCUAAUCCAGGACCAAUAAAUGUAUGGCUGAAUAACGUGAUUAAUAAGCGUAAAGAAUUUGAAGCUAGUCAACGUUUAAAGCGCUUACAACAAUUGUUCCGUUCACGUACUGUAAUACAAGCGCCACAACAGCACCGACAACAGCAAGAAUCGCAAUCGUAUAAAUUGGUUGAUUAUGACAAUAACGAUAAAACUAAUGACGAUAACAAUGACGAUAAACAAAAUCAUGAAAACGAAUCCUUGAAUUAUCAAAACGUCCAACAAACAAAAGAAAUUCCUAAGGACACUUCAGCAACUAUUACUGCAACUAACAUCAACAUCAACAUCAACACUAACACCAACACCAACACCAAUACCAAUACCGAUAGCAAUAUUAAUAGCAAUAGCAAUACUACAAUCAUCACCACGACGAACACUACAACCACCCCUACCACUACCACUACCACUACCACUACCACCACCUCCACCACCGCCAUCACUAACCCGACUAUUGCCGUCACGAACACUACUGCAGCCAUUAUCAUUCCAACUCAAACAGUUAUUACUAAUUUGAAUAAAUCUUUUGAGCCAGUGCAAGACGAGGAGGGUAAAUUAUUAUUGUCGGAAAGUUCGCUUUCAACGUUAACGUCAACGAAGGCUAAUAAACUUUGUGGAGACUAUAAAACAACUUUAGAAAGGUCGUCAUUAAUUAAAGCAAUUGAAAAAUUUACACCGUACAAAACGGAAUCGGAUAAAAUUGUACGACAAAACGAAAAUAAUGAGAAUAAUGAAAAUCAUGUAAAACACAAUAAUAAUAAUAAUUAUAAUAAUAAUCAUAGGUAUUUUGAAGAGUUGGAAAGAAAUUCACCACAAGCUUUUGUCUCCGAAAAGGUACUGCGCCUGUCCCAACACGGUACCCAGCAUUCAUUUGCAAGCAAAAGUCAAACCAUAAAUCAACCCCUAACAACAACAAAAGUUGGCGAAAACGAAAAAUCAGAAUCAUCAGAUAAACACAGACCAAUACAUCAAUUAGAAAAUACAUUAAGCCAAGUAAAUACAAUUAGGUUUCCUUUACCUCUAACUAAUAAUAAAAAUUUUCAAGAUUUUACAAAUCCAAUAAACUUACCCGCCCUCAUACCAGAGACCUUAACGCAAUAUUCAACAACUCAGCGCAAUUCGAAUUUAUCAGAGAUUAACGAUAAUAGGAAAAAAGCAAUUGUAUCGCCAUCGCCGAAGCUAACGGUCGUAACUGACUGCGACGGCAAUUCAUUUCAACGCAGCGCUUUUGUGUCUACGAAGCCGGAACACUCCAUACAACAGAUAAUUUCAAAAAUUAAACGAUCGCCUCCGUCACUGAUUAACGACGAUAGCUUAUCGGUAUUUGAUCCGCAACAGUUCAGUGAUUUAUUGCUAAGGCAAAAGCAACAUCAAUUGCAACAGCAACAACAACAGGAGCAGCAACAGCAGGAACAGCAACAAUUAAUUUUUAAUAAUAAUUGGGAAACGUCAUCAGCGUAUAGACCGAAUAUUACAAGUCUUGCUGUAUUACAUUGUUAUGACGAAUUAUUAUUCGAUUCAAAUUAUAACGUUAACGUUAAAAAUAAUAAUAACAAUAACAAUAACAACGAUAACAGCAUUAGUAAUAACAUUGUAAACGAUGAUCUAGAAUCGCUUACGUCAACUGAAUGUGAUUGCAUUGAAUGUCAAAUUGAAAGUCGUGACAACGACAACGACAAUCAGCAAAGCGUAUAUACGGAAUUGUGCCUACCAACUGUAGAUCAUCAUCAUCAUCAUCAUCAUAUUGUUGCGCGAACUGAACAAUUAAACAAUUGUUACAAUAUGCGUGAAGUUAACGGUCAAUUGCGUGGUUUACUUAAAAAACCAAAUCGUCCACCUCAGGCACGUAAAAAUCGUGUUGUAUUCGAUGAGACACGCAAUGAAUUUUUCGAAGCCGAUUAUAUUAUAUUAAUACGUGAGGAUUGUGCCUACGAUGAAGAAGACGAGGAGCCAUGCACGUGCGGCGAACAUGAAUUGGUCCGUUUAUGUUGUGAAGAGGGAUGUCAAUGCAAUUAUGUAAUGCCGCCAUCAUCAACCGAUGAUAAUCGUACACCACAGAGUCCCAAAUAUGCGCCACCAAUUGAAUUCGUUGAUGAGGCGGCUUUAAGUCCACCCGAUGGUUAUAAAGAUAACGGAUUGAAAAAUAGUUUAGAUGGCGCUUUAAGUGGGCAUAUCUUUGGAGCACAGCAUCUUCAGCAAUUACAGGUAAUACAGCGUUUGCAGCAACAACGGGCUGCUAUGCUUGCUGCCCGUAAUAUUGCGCAAAUUCCUCCUGCACCACCACCAGUUGGUCAAGUCCAACAAUCACAACAAUCACAACAACAACAACAACAACAACAGCAACAACAGCAACAACUGCAACAACAACAACAACCGCAACAUAUAUCAUCCUCAAUCACAACAUUAACAACUGCCCCCACCUCGCUUAAUAGCAAUCAGCUUUCAUCUUUGCAACAACAACAUUCGCCUGAUGAUGAUACACGCGGCGUGUGCACAGAGUGUGCAGAGUGUGCAGAAUGUGCGGCCAAACAAUUGCAGCAGGAUACAGAAUGUUCUUCACCCCAAUGCCAAGAGGACCUGACAACAACACCAUUAAGUGUACCCGCGGUUGCUUUGCUACCGAUACACACCAGUUCGCCAGAGCGACGCAUUACCCAAAAAGAAAUAAUCGCAGGUGAAGAACGCCCCCGUUACGUAUUGCAGGCUCAAUAUAAACCAUCACCAAAAAAAGUAGCCAAAGAUAGAAAGGAUAAGUUUAUAACUGUACAAAAAGCCAAUCAAAGAUAUGUUGUUGAAACUAUAACAAUGACUACUACCACAGUAACAGAACGACGUAUUGUACGCGAAGCCACCGAAGAUGUCAAUAUCCCAGCAGUGACCUCACAAAUGAUAAAAGAGUGCAAUGAAUUUGGGCCGCCAGCAUUGCCAGCCAAACCCAGUACUGAAACAGAAAAACCUCCACCUAUACCACCGAAAGAAUCGUCACCGACUCAAAUUAGUGGCAUUCUAAAGGGUGGUAAACUUUGGAAACAAGAUUCCAUUUCUCAGCAUUCUGAUGAUCAAAAUAAUACAACUUCAGAAGAUGAAACUGGUUCCAAUUGUAAUACUACCACCAAGAGAUCUGUACGUUUUGUUACCGAAAACUUAACAAACAGUAACGAUGAACUAGACGGUCAUCAAUCAACUCAUACAGAGGAUGAUGUCGAUAAUCAGAUAAACGAAUUGAUUCCAAUUAAAAAACAUUCAACCCUUUUUAAUAACGCUUUACGACCCAACUCGGCUGUUCGCCAAUUAUUUCCUAGCGUAGCACAACCUCUCACUUCUGAAGUUUUACGAGCAUUCGAUGAAUCGAAAAGAUCUGGUUGUUUAGUGCCGAAUUUACCAGGAAUCGUUGGUAGUGGAGUUGGCGAAUCUGAUACCCUGAGACGUAACAUGGAACGUAAUAUUUUACGCCGUUCGUUAAUUAAAAAGAAGGCUGUGAAAUCAGAUAUGUCUUUAGAGGAACGCAUUAAGCAGCUCACCUGUGACAUCGACGAGGAUAAUGAUGAUGACACGACUGGAGAGAAUGGCGACGAAGAUAAUAAUAAAACGGAAGAUAAUGCCGAGCUAUCACAUCGUGAUAGUCCAGCUGGUGAAGAAAAUCCUCAGAAAUUUACCAGUAAUGGAAUUGGCAGCAACAAUAGUGAUAAAAGCUUUUCACCAAACUCAUCCGUAUCUAGUUCAUCAAGUGGCUCUUCAGCUUAUAAAAAAAUAACUGAAAUUUUCAAUCGUGAAAAAAAAUCACAUGAAAAAAUCAUGGAAAUGGAAGAGAGUCCCAUUGUUAUUAUACCUCAGGAAUGUCGUUGUCCAGCAGCACCAGAUUUGGGAAUGGGUGUUCAAGUGCCUGUGGUUCAUACGCAAAUACAUCGUACUCCUCCGCGUCAAAAUGAAUCCAAACGACAAUUCCUUUCGACAUUAUCCCCAUUGACCGCCUGUGUGGCUGGCAACAAAGACGAUUUAUCGUCCUAUUAUACAUUAGCUGCCGCACAUCACAAUCAAACGACUCAAAACGCGAACGCAACUGAGUAUAAUAUGGCUACGAUGAUGGGCGGUGAGCAAAACUCAAAUGGAGGAGUGCAGAGCGUAGGUGAUGAAGUUCGAAAAGUAGCACCCGAUGUUAUAGCUGGUACACCAGGUCAAGAACAGCAGGACGAAUUAGUAGUCUUUGCUCAGCAAGAAGCUAAUCGCACGGAAAAAAUCAAAAAACGUUACACAAAUGAGCCAAAUCUUACGAUCAAUAAUAAAGAAAAAGACUCCGAUGACGAUGAGGCAAACGAUUAUGGAUUCAAUAAACGACCAUCGGUGCGAGGCAUUAAACCUAAGUUCAGCUCGACAAAUGAGAUAUUGCAGCAAAUGCAAGAGCAACUCAGCCAACAAAUGCCUAACGUGACUCAGCCGCAAUCUCAGCCUGUACUUACGCAAUCGAUGAAAAGCUACACAUUACCGAAACAGACUAGUGCAAAUGCCAUGACCAAACAAAUAACGCAACAGCCCUCACCCCAAAAUGCACCCCAUCCUAUGGUAGUAACGUCCCAACAACAACUGCCUCAGCAACAGCAAAUAUGCAAUGUAGUUCCGACGCCACAAAACGCCAUGCAACUCCCUCAGAAUGCCACAAUUGCCCAGCAACAGACUGAGCAGCGAACAUGGAGUUUUUACGCAGAGACUGGGGGAGCUGAGCAGCAACGUCUUCCUAUGGAAAGUGCUGCCGCUUCCGCUGCAACUAUGCAGCAGACAUAUUACCAUACUCUUCCAGCUGGCGCUAUGUUUCGUCAUACAAUGAUUCAACAGCAGCAAGCUCAAGAUGAGCCAUUAAUUUAUGGUCAAAGUUGUCAGACAAUUAAUCCACCAAUGGAAUCCCAAUCACAUUACGGUCGAUAUGCGCGCAGUCCUACGCGAAGACCAGAGUCACCACCACCGUUACGCAAUUACCAUCAAACGAUGGUAUUGAUACCGUAUAAUGCAGAAACCUAUUCCCAGUUCGCGGCCACUAAUAUAGAUCCGAAAGUAGCGCAUAUACAACGCCAAAACAUACUGGAAUACCAACAGGUCACUCAACAAACUAUACGCGUACCCAUUGGAUAUGCACUCCCCGGCAUGCAAUUACAUGUGGUAGCGGGCCGGGGACAUUCCGCUCAUUAUGCGGCAGCGGCCCAUCAUCAUCAACAUCAACGAAUUAUGACGCAGCGUUAUCAAUUCGCCCAAGAGGCAAGUAUGGCCGGCUUUAGCGAGCGUGGCGUACCGGAGGGUGCGGCAGCUGUUUCUCAUAGCGAUUGCAAUAACAGUGGACUUAUGUCACCUACUAAUGCGCAACAUAUAACUAUUCAACAGCAACAGCAGCAACAGCAACCUCAGGCGGUACAAUCAAAUGUACAGGCCUCUCAAGGUUCCAUUUAUUACGCUAUGAAUGUAUGACCCACGGUCGAUUAGCCCAUGUCAACAGCGGUCAUUGUUGAACGCCGGCAAUGUCAACGCGUCGAAAUGUCUUCGACAUCAGUGCAAUUAAGUACUCGGUAAAGUUAAUACAAGAGAGACAACGCUUUAGACCAUAAGAGUAUAAUAUGGAAAAUUUGAAAAAUUGACCAAAAUUGAUAGAUAACUACCAUCUACUUAGCAACAUAAACUUUAGUAGCUCUGGCAUAUCAUAAUUUGGCUAUAGAUGUUAUUUGUUGUUUUCGGUCUGCGAAAAUAAGCCAUAGCUCUAGACACUGAUUGAUUAAAUGCGCUUUUGUGUUCAUUGCGAUAAUUUACUGAUAGAAGUUAUAUCCGAUUUACAAUUGAGCAAAUAUAAUUUUACACUUGACUUUCAAAAUUAAACCAAAGAAAAAAGAAAAGAAUAAAAAAAGAAGAAGACGAAGACGAAGAAGAAGAAGAAGAAGAGAAGAAAAGAAAAAAACACAAAAAAACUCUAGCAAUAAUUUGCUUAUCACCGCGAAAUGAGAAACGCACAGAUUAGUUCAUGAUGACAACGAAUACAUCAAAUUCUUAACCAUAAAUUUUUAUGAGGAGAGCAAAACUUUUAUUCAUUUCCAUUAAGAAAAAUGCUCCAAAUAUGUUUCACAUUCAUUGACAUUUCCUUUCCUUUCCGAAAAGACGAAAUCCCUUAAAAAAUUCGUUAUGAGAAAUGAUUUUAUAAAUUUCCAAAAUUAUUUUAUGAAGAAUUGUAAAAAAAUUUUCGAAAAAUCUACAAAAAAAAAGAAAAAAAGUAUUAUGUGAAACGUUUAACUUGAAUAUAAUUUUUUUUUUUUUUUUACUUAUAUUUACCGAAAUGUGUUACGGGGAAAUGUGUUUCGCUAUUUUUUCUCGCGUAUUUCCAAAAAAUAAAAAAAAAUAAAAAUUUGAAUUAAAAAUUUUGAAUAUCCUUAAAUUUAGAAAUAUGAAUGAAUAAAUAUAAAAUUAUUUUCUUAGUAUCUCCAUAUAAUUAUGUAUUGUACUGUAUUAUGAUUAAAAAAUGCUUUAAAUCAUUUUGCAAAGCAAUCGUAGCCGCAUGAAAUUCGAAAUUGUUUAUGUGUUUUAUAAUAGUUUUCUAAUUCAAGCCCACUCAUAAGAUGGAUGUAAUCAUUAAAUCAUUAGAUUUCAAGAAAAACUAAUGAAUGAAUGAAUGAAUGAAUGAUUGAAUGAAAACGAUGUCAUCAUCUUGAUAUCAAGAGAUUAUUUGAUUUAUUGAUUUUCAACAAAUACUUACCCGAAGUAAGAAAGAAUGAAAGAAAUUGAAUUUUGAUUUGUUAAGAGUCAUCAUCGCACACGCAAUCAAAUUAAAUGUGUUUCUAUACUUGUUACACGGAUAUUGUCAGUCAGGCUUGAUAGAAUCCCGUCAAACUUGAACUCUGGAACAUUGAAUUCCUUAUGGUCGCUAUAUAUCAAAAUACAUAUAUCCUGCUUAUAUCGUACAAUAAUUGUGGUGCAAGGGUAUAUUAAGUUUGUGCGCAUAUGUAUUCAACACCAAGAACGACUUGAGAAAAAUCCAUCUUUUCAUCAUCACACCAAUUAUACUUUAGCUUGUCUGUGCGUAAGUCUGUCUGUCUGUCUAUCUUGUUCCAUCUUUAACCUACAGUUCGCAAAUUUUUGAAACAUUUUGCUAAAAUUUUGGUAUACCGACGGUUUUUCACUCAACAAUCAGCUCCAUUGAAAAUGGUUCGGAUCGGAUCGCUUUUUCAACCGCUUGCUGUAUAGCGCUUUAUUUUGAAAAGUCACGAAUAACGAAUAACUAACUAUAUUAAAUGGAAGUGUAUAGGGUAUUUAAUAAUGGGCCCUGAUCCACAUUAACACUGGUUUUCGUUUCAAAUAUUUCUCAUCAGACAUUUAUCGUUUUUUUU